GGAACGACGGGGCCUGCGGCUUCGCGGGCGCGCGCACGCACCAAGUUGCCAACGAGACAAGGCACGGGGGCGCGGUGCCGACGGCGACGUGUGGCGUCACGUGGCGCGGGGUGCGCCUCGCCUGCGCGCCUGCGCGCGUCCGGACGCCGCUGACGGGCUUGCGCGCCUGUGCGGAGCCGGAGGCGGGGGACGGGCCGGCUGGGACGGCUGGGUCCGCGGGGCCCGACGGCGGAAAAGGAGGGGCCAGCUACGGGACCGCGGCGACAACGCACCGAGCGAGCUUCUGUGCCCGAGGGCAGCAAUGCUGUGGUUCCAGGGCGCCAUUCCGGCCGCCAUCGCAUCGGCCAAGAGGAGCGGCGCGGUCUUCGUGGUGUUCGUGGCAGGUGAUGAUGAGCAGUCUGCACAGAUGGCUGCAAGUUGGGAAGAUGAGAAAGUGACAGAAGCAUCUUCAAACAGUUUUGUUGCUAUUAAAAUCGAUACCAAAAGUGAAGCCUGCCUGCAAUUUUCACAGAUCUAUCCUGUAGUGUGUGUUCCAUCCAGUUUCUUUAUUGGAGACAGUGGAAUUCCCUUGGAAGUAAUAGCAGGAAGUGUUUCUGCAGAUGAACUUGUUAGCAGAAUCCACAAAGUCCAUCAGAUGCACUCAUUAAAAGGUGAAACAUCAGUGGCAAAUGGUGGCCAAUCACAAAGUUCAGUCUCUACUCCAUCCACCUCAUUUGAACAUAACAACACUUCUGAAAACUGUCAGUCCAGAAAUGCAGAACUCUGUGAGACACCACCCACUUCUCCUGAUACAAAGUCAGAUUCUGCAACAGGAGGAGAAAGUUCAGGCCAGGCCACUAUGUCUCAAGAACCUAGUGGAUGUUCAAAUCAGAGACCUACAGAGGACCUCACCAUCAGAGUGGAAAGACUAACCAAAAAACUUGAAGAAAGGAGAGAAGAGAAAAGGAAAGAGGAAGAACAGAGAGAGAUUAAGAAGGAAAUUGAGAGGAGGAAAACUGGAAAAGAAAUGUUGGAUUAUAAAAGAAAGCAAGAAGAAGAAUUAACGAAAAGAAUUUUAGAGGAAAGAAACAGAGAAAAGGCCGAAGAUAGGGCAGCUCGAGAGCGUAUAAAACAGCAGAUUGCACUGGACCGUGCAGAGAGAGCUGCUCGUUUUGCAAAGACAAAGGAAGAAGUAGAAGCUGCUAAAGCUGCUGCCUUGCUGGCCAAACAGGCAGAAAUGGAAGUCAAGAGAGACUCUUCCACAAAAGAAAGAAGCACUGUUGCGAGAAUUCAGUUCCGUCUUCCUGAUGGUUCUUCCUUUACAAAUCAGUUCCCUUCUGAUGCUCCUCUAGAAGAAGCAAGGCAGUUUGCUGCACAGACUGUUGGCAACACUUACGGUAAUUUUUCAUUAGCAACAAUGUUUCCCAGGAGGGAAUUUACCAAAGAAGAUUAUAAAAAGAAAUUACUGGAUUUGGAACUUGCUCCAAGUGCUUCAGUGGUACUGUUGCCAGCAGGAAGACCAACUACAUCCAUGGUACAUUCUUCCAGUGGAGACUUUUGGACAUUGUUGGGGACAGUACUUUACCCAUUCCUUGCCAUCUGGAGAUUGAUUAGCAACUUCUUAUUUAGUAAUCCUCCUCCUGCACAGACCUCGGUGAGAGCAGCAUCAUCGGAACCCUCAAACCUUGCAUCGUCUAGCAACUCAGAAAAAAGGGAACCAGUCAGAAAAAGAGUGCUGGAGAAACGGGGGGAAGACUUUAAAAAGGAGGGCAAGAUAUAUAGAUUGAGGACUCAAGACGAUGGUGAAGAUGAAAACAACACUUGGAAUGGAAAUUCUACUCAACAGAUGUAGUGAGACAAGUACAGUAUGUGCAGUAAUCAUUGUUUCUCUUUAUGAUUUAAUUCAACUAAAAUUCUACUGGAGAAGUGGGACUGCUUUAUGUUUUCCAACCCAUCUACAAAGUGUCUCUUUAUUCCUGCUUAGUGGGUUAAAGUUGUUUAACUCAGACAAGUCAAGAGAAAAAAUAACUGGCUGCUAGGUCCUUAUAUAUGGUAACCAACUACUAGAAGCCUAAAAAAAAUCAGAAGGUCUGCAACAGCCUCCCUUUAUCAGCUUUCUUAUUCAGUAUUUCAUAUGCCCAUUAGCCCUGUGCUCUCAGAUGAUAUGUUUUGUUUAGGGCUGUUUUGCUCCAGAACUCCUAAGCCCACAUAAACUAACUGGUAUGUCACUGAGUAAUUUGACUCUGAGUCAGAGCAUUUUAAUGAGCCAAUCAAAUGAUAAUUUGGGUUUAACUUUUCUCUUCUUGGUCAUCAGCUGCAAGCAAAAUCUUGUAGUUUUUAAUCUUCCUUAAACACUGAAUAAAAAAAUCUUUUCCAAAAA